AUGACAUCAAUAUCAUCUUCAUCCUCUAACAACUUGAAAAUAGUUCAAGAUUCUAUCAUAUUCUCCAGAAGCUAUCAUCUCCACAUGUCAAACCACUUUGCUUCACACUUUGAUCAAAUGGCAACACUAGAAGACCAACUCAAGACCCUUCAUCGAUGGAAUUUGAUAUACUUAUGCAUACUCUUUGUUGUUUAUAUUUAUAGAUACGAUAAAGAUAAUACUCAUCCUGUCACAGCAUUGAUUCAAUUACUUUUUACCAAAUCACCUGAUGGCACUGAGAAUGACAAGUGUCUGUUUCAUCAUCUAUCAUAUGAAACAAAGAAACACAUUCAUGAACUCUUGCUCAAUCAUAUUAAACAAUUAAGGAAAUUUAAUAAUCACGAAAUAGAAUUAAUUCAAUUAAUAUAUCAAGAUAGACCGACUAACUAA